AUGAAUAAAAACACAUCUGCUGUGACAACAUCCAGUCUACUUGAAAAUGAUCAAGCCUUUCAGAUGAUUAAAGUUAUGAAGAAAACAGACCUUGGUCUGAAGAUCCUAGGAGGAAUUAACCGGAAUGAAGGUCCCCUGGUGUAUAUUCAAGAAAUCAUUCCUGGAGGAGAUUGUUAUAAGGAUGGACGUUUAAAGCCAGGAGAUCAACUUGUCUCAAUAAACAAGGAAUCCAUGAUUGGUGUAUCAUUUGAAGAAGCAAAAAGCAUAAUGACUAGAGCCACGCUGAGAUCAGAAUCUUCUUGGGAGAUAGCAUUCAUAAGACAAAAAUCUGAUGGCAGUCAUCCAGAAAAUCCACCACAUACAUCCAUUUUACAAACUCCAGGAGAAUAUGGACCCCAGGCCUCAACUUUUAGUCUUCUUUCUUGUGCUCCUGACAUACUAACUCUAAAGACUUCAUCUACUCCCAAAGCAUUAGAGUCCUAUUCACCUGCUUUGAAGACAAGUCAGAUAAAAACUGGAUACAAGAAAACAGAACAGACUCCAAUUACUUCUUCAGAUGACAGCCCUACGGAUAUGUCUAAUACAGAUAUUGCCCCUGCCUGGACCGAUAAUUGUGGACCGCAAGGAAGGAAAAUAUCCCUAAAUCCCUCUGUUCGCUUAAAGGCAGAAAAACUGGAAAUGGCUCUCACUUAUCUUGGUAUUCAGCCCACGGAGGAGCAACACCAAGCCUUGAGACAGCAAGUGCAAGCAGAUUCAAGAGGAACAGUGUCUUUUGGAGAUUUUGUACAGGUUGCCAGAAAUUUGUUUUGCUUGCAGUUGGAGGACAUAAAUGUUGGUGCACAUGAAAUUUCCAACAUACUAGAUUCACAGCUUCUUCCCCGUGAUCCUUUAGAAGCAGAUGACUUGGAAAGGCUUAAGCGUGAAAGAAACAAAGCCGUGGAAGAAGUUGGCACACUUAAGGAGAAAUUAUUGGAAUCAGAAAGGCAAAGGAAACAACUGACAGAAGACCUCCAGAAUGUAAAACAGGAAGCUAAAGCUGUCGUUGAAGAAACAAGAGCCCUACGACGUCGGAUUCACCUCGCUGAAGCUGCACAGAGGCAGGCUCACGGAAUGGAAAUGGACUAUGAAGAAGUAAUCCGCCUGUUAGAGGCCGAGAUUAUUGAGCUAAAGGCUCAGCUUGCUGAUUAUUCUGACCAAAGUAAAGAAAGUGUUCAGGAUUUAAGGAAAAGAAUCACAGUGCUUGACUGCCAAUUGCGAAAAUCAGAAAUGGCUUGUAAAACUUUGGAAGCAUCCACUGAAAAACUUCUUCAUUUUGUAGAGGCUAUUCAAGAAGUAUUUUCUGAUAAUUCGGCUUACUUACCAAAUUUAAGUGAAAGAAGAGCUGUGUUCUCUUCUCAGACAUCCCUCGCACAACUGGGAAGGAAUGGACGUAAUAUCCCUGCCACCCUGAUGCUUGAAUCUAAGGAACUGGUUAAAUCUGUCCGUGCCAUGCUUGAUAUGGAUUGUCUACCUUACGGGUGGGAAGAAGCUUACACAGCAGAUGGAAUCAAGUACUUCAUCAAUCAUGUAACACAGACCACAUCUUGGAUCCAUCCUGUGACAAGUGCCCUGCACCUGUCUUGCUCAGAGGAGAAUGAUGAAGAUUGCCUCAGAGAACUCCCCAAUCAGAAGAGCUGA